AUGCCCCUCAACUCGAAAGCCAUCUACUCUAGACUGAACCCCGACUUCGUUCCAUUCACGAGUCGGAGAAGUACUGUGCAUAGCACAAAUGGGAUCGUGACUUGUACCCAGCCUUUGGCAGCUGCUGCAGGCCAAAGAGUUCUGCAACAGGGAGGAAAUGCUGCAGUACCCGCUGCAUUGAACAUCACCGAGCCCUCAUCAACAGGGAUUGGAGGAGAUAUGUUCUGUCUCUUCUACGAUGCCAAAACGAAGAAAGUUCACUCCCUUAAUGGAUCCGGGCGGUACCCUGCGAAUGCUACACUAGAGAAAAUUCGGACUGACUUGAAUGUCGGCCCAAAUGACGCUGGAACCAUACCUAUGAAAAGCGUUCAUGCGGUGACAACUCCCGGCGCAGCUGCCGGGUGGGUUGACACCAUAGAGAAAUUCGGAAGUGGUAAGCUGUCUUUGGAACAGAUCUUACUUCCAGCUAUUGAGCUUGGCGAGAAUGGUUUUCCUGUAUCCGAAUUAUCGUCCUUUUUUGCAUCCCCAAAUGCGCAUGAGAUGCUCAAGCCAGACCAGAAGGCUAAAGAUGGGGUCAGAGCCCCUCUUCCCGGUGAAAUCUUGAAAAACCCUACGCUGGCCCAGACCUUCCGAUCACUUGCGGUCAAUGGCAAGAAAGGAUUCUAUGAAGGGCGAGUUGCAGAGGAGCUGGUGAGAGUUGUGCAAGAUUUGGGAGGCUACCUUACUCUAGAUGAUCUGAAGUACCAUGCAGAGACUGGGACUCAGGAGACGGAAGCGAUCUCCCUCAAGUUCUCUGGACAGAGCAUUGCUGAGAAGCAGACUGUAGGAACAGAUGGUGAGGACAACCAAGGAGUGGAGAUUUGGGAGCACCCGCCAAAUGGGCAGGGAAUCGUUGCUCUCAUGGCGUUAGGAAUCCUUGAGGAACUUGAAAAAAUGGGCAAGAUUCCGAAGUUCACAGAGGCUCAGCAUAACUCUGCUGAAUAUCUCCAUGCAGUUAUCGAAAGUCUGCGUAUCGCGUUCGCUGAUGCAUCUUGGUGGGUCACGGACCCCGAUGUGGAGAAGGUCCCAACCAGCGAACUUAUCUCUCCUGCAUACCUGGCUGAGAGGGCAAAACUGUUCAACCCGGACAAGGCGACUGAUAUCCUUGACCACGGUAGCCCAGCUCACAACCAUUGUGACACCGUCUACUUUGCAGUGACAGAUAAGGAGGGUAACGGCAUCUCAUUCAUCAAUAGUAACUACGCUGGAUUUGGCUCUGGAAUCAUCCCUAAGGGCUGCGGAUUUACGUUGCAAAAUCGGGGAGCCAAUUUCUCUCUAGUGCCAGGUCAUCCAAAUGCGCUGGCUCCGCGCAAACGGCCUUACCAUACCAUUAUUCCUGCCAUGAUCACCAACGUCUCUGAUGGUUCAUUACACUCAGUGUAUGGUGUCAUGGGUGGCUUUAUGCAGCCCCAGGGUCAUGUUCAGGUGUUACUCAAUAUGCUUGCGUUUAACUAUCACCCACAGGCGGCGUUGGACUCCCCGAGGAUCUGUAUUGCUGCUGGCUCACCGGAGCUAGGAAAACCUGUUGAUCGCAGUGUCUAUGUAGAGGAAGGCAUCAGUGAUGAGGCUGUCGAAGGCCUGACGCGUCUCGGCCACCAGGUAAAGGUAUUGGAAGGAUGGGAGAGAGGUAUGUUUGGUAGGGGACAAAUUAUUCGUUGCCACUAUGACGAGGGGCAAUUGGUCUACAGUGCAGGAAGUGACCAGAGAGGAGAUGGAAUGGCCAUUCCGGUGCUGUGA